AAUUUCGCCAUCAUUGUAUUAUGUAGCCACUUAUCAAUCUGCACAAAAUCUCUGAUGAUCUUAUUCUUUCGUUACAUAUUUCGCUGAUACAUAUACAUUCUUUGAUCCAUAUAUAGCUCGGGAAAUGGCAGCUGCACUUGUUCCCUCAAUCUUGGACCUAAUAGAAAGAGUUGUAACUGGAGCAAUAUUGGAAGAGGUGAGGCUGGGGGGAGAUUCUCUAAAUAAACUCCAAAGGCUUAGGAACAACCUUUUAGCCUUAAAUGCUAUCCUUGAGGAUGCAGAGCAAAAGAGACGGACUGACAAAGAUAUUGAACUUUGGAUAGAUCGGCUUACAGAUGCAGCUUAUGAUUUGGUGGAUGUGUUGGAGGAGUGGAUCAUUACAACCAGAGUUGGAAAAACUUCUAUUGUGAAGGCUAAGGUAGGCUCCUACAUCACCCACUGUUUACAUACCGCCCAAGUUGUUAGGCGUGAUGAUCUUGCUUUCAAAUUAAAGGAAAUCAGUGACAGGCUAGAUGUGAUUGCCAAUGAAAGAAAUAUGUUUUUCUUAGUAUCAAGAUCUGCGUCUCAACACAGCAGACGGAUUGAGAGUACAGCUCUUGUUGAUGCGUCAGCUAUAAUUGGUCGAGAUGAGGUUAAGGGAGACAUUGUAAGCAGUUUGUUGUCUGCAUCUACUGAACAACUUAAGACAAUUUCUGUUGUUGGCAUGGGUGGGGUGGGAAAGACAGCUAUUGCUCAACUUGUUUACCAGGAUGAGGUGGUUAAGCAGCAUUUUGAUCAUAGAAUAUGGGUUCGUGUCUCAGAAGUAUUUGACAAGAAGAAUGUUGCCAAAACAAUAAUUAAAGGAGUUGAGCAUGUUAAAAGAUUUGAAGGAGCGGACUCCCUUGAUUCAUUUCCACUUUCUGCCCUUCUUGAUAGAAUUGGUGGAUCUAUCCACGGAAAGAAAUUUUUUCUUGUGUUGGAUGAUGUGUGGGCAGAUGACAUGCGACAGUGGAAAGGACUGAUCCAGACUUUCCAACUUGGUGCCCCAGGGAGUAGGAUUUUGUUAACUACUCGUAUGGGUACAGUGGCAAACAUGAUGGACUCUCAUGUCAUUCAUUUAGAACCGUUAUCUGAUGAACAAUGUUGGAUGGUACUUAGUCGAGAAGCAUUUUCUGGAAGGGGUGUUAAACAGUGUGGGGAUUUAGAGGAUAUUGGGAAGAGAAUUUCAAACAAGUGUCAUGGCUUGCCUCUUGCUGCAAAGAUUCUGGGAGCUCUCCUAAGAUUUAAGAGCAGUAGAAGAAAGUGGGAAGAUAUUUUGUACAGUAAAAUCUGGGAGUUAGAGGUUGCACAUCAAGAGAUUUUUGUUCCUCUGUUGUUGAGUUAUUAUGAUUUGCCUUUGCCACUGAAAGAAUGUUUCAAUUACUGUGCUGUUUUGCCAAAAGAUUUUGUAUACAAUGGAGAAACAAUAAUAUACCACUGGAUGGCACAAGGUUACUUAGGAUGGGACAUUAUUGAAGAUUUAGAAUUGAAAGGACGAAAGUACAUUAGCUACUUAGCAGCUCGCUCUUUCUUCCAAGAUUUUCUGAUGGAUAAAGAUGGUCUAAAAUCAACAUGGAAGAUGCAUGACAUUAUGCAUGACUUUGCCCGGUUUCUGAUGAUCAACAAUGGAAUUGUGAUUGAGGUCAUGAAUCCAGGAGGCAAUUCAAUGAUAGAUUUGUCUUUCAGAAAUGCUCGUUAUUUGACAGCACGUAUAGCCGAGGGACAUUGUCUUUCUACUUCUAUUUAUGGUGCUGAAACGUUGCGUAGCCUUAUGAUCAUUUCUGGAGAAAAUGCAGUAACCAAUGAAGUUAUGCAAAUCAUUUUCAAUCAAGCAAAACGGCUAAGGAUGGUGGAUUUUGGCUGCCGUAAUACAUUAAAGGAUACAAUUCCAAAAGAAAUAGGGAAUUUGAUCCAUUUGAAGCACCUUAACUUGAGUGGAAAUGGUAUAAUAAAAGUACUGCCUGGAUCAUUGUGUAAAUUACAUAAUCUUCAAUAUUUGAAUCUAGACAACUGCGAAUCUCUUCAGAAUUUACCAAAUGAGAUAGGAAAUUUGAUCAACUUGAUAUAUCUGGGGACUCUUCAUUGCUACAGAUUAGGCUGCUACCCCAAAUCAGCUAGGAGAUUAACAAAUUUGAGGCAAUUACGUGGGAUCGUGCUCAGAGCUGAUAGAAAUGACCCUAAGGAAUUUGCUCUUGGAGACCUGGAAAACCUGAUCCACCUUCGUGAACUUUCCAUGGUACUGAAAGGAAAUGCAGUAAAUGAUAGAGAGCUUAAAAGAGCCAAAUUUGAAAAUAAGACACAUUUAAAGGAAAUCAAGAUGGAGUGACAGAAAGCAUGAGGCAUGAUGACAGCCAAGUAUGAAGUGAGAGCUAGUUCUGUUGGUGAAGAGGAGUGUCAUUCUUGCUGAGAUCAGAAGCUGCUGGUUAAUGUCCAGCUAUUAGUUUGUUGAAUUGAAUGUAAUCUUGUGUGUAAUUUUAUUUUCUAAGCUAUGCCAUGCAACUUGUUAUGUGAUGAUUGUGAUCUUUAAGGGUUCUGAAUGUUGUCUAGAGGAGCGUGAGUAGCUUUCUAGUUGUUCAACGUGAUCAAAGGAUUGAAUAUGUUGGGUAUAUAUGUAUUUGAAUGAAUGUUUCUUGGUGCU